GAAGGAAGCUCUUCUUACCUGUGGGUUCCAGCAGACUGUCACCAGGGACCUAAGAACCAACCUCUCCUGCUGUUUCCUGAGCCCUGUUCUUCUUUGCCAUCAGCUCCCCACUGCUCAAUGGCAGGACUCAUGGACCUCUCUUUUAUGUAUCGCUGGUUCAAGAAUUGCAAUCUUGUUCGCAACCUCUCAGAGAAGUAUGUCUUCAUCACUGGCUGUGACUCGGGCUUUGGGAACCUGUUGGCCAGACAGCUGGUUGAUCGGGGUAUGCGAGUGCUGGCUGCUUGCCUCACUGAGGAGGGAGCCCAGAAACUUCAACAGGAUACCUCCUACCAACUGCAGACCAUCCUACUGGAUGUCACCAAGACUGAGAGCAUCAAGGCAGCAGCCCAGUGGGUGAGGGACCAAGUGGGCGAGCAAGGCCUCUGGGCACUGGUGAAUAAUGCUGGUGUGGGCCUGCCCAGUGGUCCCAACGAAUGGCUGACCAAGGAAGACUUUGUGAAGGUGAUCAAUGUGAACCUGGUGGGACUGAUCGACGUGACCCUCCACAUGCUACCUAUGGUCAAGAAAGCCCGAGGCAGGGUGGUCAACAUGUCCAGCUCUGGUGGUCGUGUAGCGGUCAUUGGUGGUGGUUACUGUGUCUCCAAGUUUGGUGUUGAAGCCUUCUCUGACAGCAUCAGGCGUGAACUCCACUACUUUGGGGUGAAGGUCAGCAUCAUUGAGCCAGGGAACUACCGGACAUCCAUUCUGGGAAAGGAGGGUUUAGAGAUACGCAUGCAAAAGCUGUGGGAACGGCUUCCUCCAGAGACCCGGGAUAGCUACGGAGAAGAAUACUUCCGCAUCUAUACCGACAAGUUGAAAAACAUGAUGCAGCUGGCAGAGCCAAGAAUCAAGGAUGUCACCAACAGCAUGGAGCACGCCAUCGUUUCCCGGAGCCCCCGCAUCCGCUACAACCCCGGCCUGGAUGCCAAACUCCUCUACCUCCCCCUGGCUAAGUUUCCCACCUCUGUGACAGAUUUCAUCCUGACCCGGCACUUUCCAAGGCCAGCAGACAGUGUUUGAGCUGGGGAGGCUCAGAAGGUGGCCUAAAGGAGGAGGUGGGAUAAAGGACUGUGAAGUCACA